CUUGUUUGAGUGUGUAGCAUUAAAAACAAAGAAAACUGCGUAAAAGAGUUACGAAGUGUGAAAAAAUCCGUUUUGCUGUGUUUUCUUCGUGCCAGUCGUGAAAAGAAUAGUGCUUUCUACAUCUACAAUCUGUUGUUUUGCUGUUCACUUACAUCCCUCACAGUACGAUGCUCGAUCUCGAAGUUACUCCAGAGCGUUCGCUCGGUUCGACCACCGAGAAUUGGGAAUUUGUUCUCGGAAUGCAUUUUUCUCAAGCAGUUGCCAUCAUACAGUCUCAAGUAGGAAUAAUAAAGGGUGUACAGGUGCUUUAUUCUGAUACGAAUCCGCUCAACGUAGAUAUAAUCAUAAAUAUGCCCCAGGAUGGUAUCCGCCUAAUAUUCGACCCGGUACAGCAGCGGUUGAAGACGAUCGAAGUUUUUAACAUGAAGCUGGUCAAGCUAAAGUACUGCUCAAUGCCGUUCAACUCGCCGGAAGUUGUGCCAUCGAUCGAGGAGAUAGAACAUUCUUUCGGUGCCACGCAUCCGGGUGUGUACGAUGCCGCCAAGCAGCUGUUUGCGUUACACUUCCGAGGGUUAAGCUUCUACUUCCCGGUCGACAGCAAGCUGCAGCCCGGUUAUGCUCACGGGCUCGGUUCGCUGCACUUUCCCAGCGGUGAAUCACCGGUCGUUUCCAAAAUGGCCAUCUACUCGGGCGUGAACGUGAUUGACAGUCGUCCACCGCCACUGCCGCUCUCCUGCUACCAUCAGCAACUGUACCUCGAGGCGACCACCGUGCUGCGCAGUGCACACGGCACGCGCGGGCUCCGGUUGCAGCUGUACACCGAAGGAUCGAUCCGAACGCUGGAACCAAGGAAACAGUGCCUAACGCGGGAAAUACUGUUCGGCGACAGUUGCCAGGAUGUGGCGAGCAAUCUUGGUGCGCCGUCGAGGGUAUUUUUCAAAAGUGAAGAUAAAAUGAAAAUCCAUUCCCCGAGCGCCCACCGACGUGUUCAGUCGAAGCGGAGUGACUUCUUCUUCAACUACUUUACCCUCGGCAUCGACGUGCUGUUCGAUGCGCGCACGCACAAAACGAAGAAAAUCAUCAUGCACACGAAUUUCCCGGGCCAUUACAACUUCAACAUGUACCAUCGGUGUGAGUUUCAGCUGGAGUUGGCAGCGGACAAAGUGACUGAAGAUGCCCCAUUGGAUGCACCUGUUACGAUAACGGCCUAUACCAAGUGGGACGCAAUAGCGUCCCGGUUAGCACCGGCCGAACGGCCUGUUGUGUUGCAUCGCGUCGGUUCGACCAAUACGGCGAACGUGUUCGGUUCGACGUUCAGCUACGGGUACCAGGAUAUCAUUUUUGAGGUGAUGCCAAACAAUUAUAUCGCCUCGGUAACGCUCUACCAACCGGCCACGCCGUACCAUGUGGCCGACUGGAACACCACCACUAUCACGGGGCACAUCGGUAGCAGCAGUAGCACCGGCAGCAACACAGCACCCAGCAGUAGCAGUGGUCGCAACGUUUUGCUGCAUGAUGCCAAGCCAAAUCAGGCCAACAUUCGCAUUACCGCAUGACCGAUGUCGAGUCGAAGCGGUGAAAGAAAACCCGGUGGCGACCACCGACAAACUGGCCUGUAAGUUGUUGUUCACCGUUUUAUCACACAUCGGCUUUAGAAUCGCCACCGGCCAUUCAGCAUAGCAUCACCUCUCGCUCUCACGCUCAUCCCGUAUAGUACGAGUAAGAAACACAAAAAAAAACAUUGAACUUAAAAAGGCGAAUUCAAUCGAAAGCACCAGAUUAUGGGCAUAAUAUUAAUAACGUGUAUUUAAAUCACCCUUCAUUAUUGCAUCGCAUAAUCCCUCCCACUGCAUUCGCUGCAAUCACUAAGUAAAUGCUCCUCUCUUCCUUUUUGGGGUUGUUGUUUUUCGUUACCCUUGUGGUGGGUCGAAAGGAAAGGGGGAUCACAGUGAACAGUGAUCAAUUGUGUCCUAAUUAUUCUUUGCUCCCUUUUUUGUCAUUAUUUUCGGUUAAUUCCUUUUUUUUCUACGUGCAUAUACAAACAUAGAUAUAUAAAGGUUAGGAUACGUCAGAACGAAUGCAAUGAAGAAGUUUCAAGCGGUUUUUGUUCGUUACACCUGCGCUGCAACUGUGUCAUGAUCCGUUGCUUGUAUUCAAUUAGGGAAAGGGACGGGGGGGUAUCUGUUGUAGGUCGUGAACGCGUGCGUUUGUUUUACACGAGUCUUACACCUAGGUAGAAUGUACGAGCGGAUCUAGUUGAUUACUAAUUCCAAUUUAUCGAAUAGCUUUAAGACCCGUUGCUGCAUAACAAAAACAACCACAACAACAAAAAAAGUUAAAAAGCUGGAAAACACAUAAGCUAAGGGUGAUAAAACAUGUAAAAAUGGCAGACAAAAACAACAAAAAAAAACAAGGAAUCAAAACAACAAAAAAAUCAACUAUACUACCAAAAAUGUACGUAAACAGUGUAAAAAACAACAACGUUUCUAGUGCUGUGUAAGACGGAAGAGUAAAUACUACAUAUGGGACACGUCCUGUAGUAUCGGACCCUAGGCUGGCGCCGCAGAUUGCUUCUUCAUGAUUAAACCAUCAUCGGUAGUGCAGUGCGGAUAACGCCGUCCUGUGAGAGGCAUGUGGGUGCGAAAGAUUAGAAACGAAAACAAAAAAACACCGAACCGCCGGAAAGCGAUAAUUGUGAUUUAAAAUAUCUUUUUAUGAAUGUGUAAAAAGAUACCAUAAAAACAUUAAAAAAGAAAGAAAAU